AUGGAAAAUCAUCCGUCUUAUGAGGCCUUGUCAGCCUACCUCCCGAAAUACCCCAAGGCGGCUGGGGCUCUUUUCCAAACAUAUAAUGACCUAAAGUGCGCCCAACAGUGGACCGACCUUGAGAUCAUCGAGCUCGCUGAAUGCUCACGAUGCGCCAUACGGGGACGCCGACCCAACACUGAUGAUCUGCUCAGCGUCGUUCCAUGCUCACUCUCAGAGUCCCUCUCGACAGACUGGAUACGCACCACAUUUCGGGAGCUUGGUAGCCCCCCUCACGUUUACCUCGCCAUCAACACCGAGGACUCCUCUAUUGUAUACUAUAAGAUUAGCCCGGGCAUCGUCAAGCCCCCUCUCUAG